AUGCGAACAUAUCAACAAGAUUUAUCUGAUUUAUUUUUGGCUUUUGUUAAAAAUGGUGAUGUACGUAAUGAUAUAUUAAAAUGGAUUGGUGAUUGUUUAAUUGAAAAUCGAGGGAAAAAUAAAGAAUGGUCAUCACAUAAUCCUUUAACUGCUUAUUUAUAUGUUAGUGAUGGAUUUUUAUUGAAUUUAAAUCUUAUUUUACUUAAUCUUGCACGACCUUUUUCUGAACCUUAUUCAUCGAAAUUAUUAAAAAUUAAUCCUAUUUAUGCCAUUAGUCAAAAUGAAAAUGUUCAUUUAAAAGAUCUUUAUAAAGAUACACCGAUAAUUGUUCGUGAUGAAGAUAAUACAAAUGAAAAAAAUAAUACAAUAACAUUUAAUUUUAUAACAGAAAUUUUUUUUAUGUCACAUCUUAGUUAUUCAUGUUCAGUACAAAGACUUCAUAGAAAAUUAUUAAAAAUUAAUGAAGAAUUAUCACAUGUACAACAUGCAUAUAAUGAUGCUACUAGAUUACAUGGAGCUAAUGAUGAAAAUGUACAAGGAUUAGAAGAAGCAAUGGAAAAAGUUAAAAUAAAAACACAUAUUAUUGCUGUACAACAAAAAGAAAAUGAUGCAGUAUAUGAUGAUGCACCAGAUGAAUAUCUUGAUCCUAUCACAAGUACUCUCAUGGUUGAUCCUGUUAUGUUACCUAGUUCCCGACAAAUUAUCGAUCGUUCAACUAUUGCUCGACAUCUUCUUAGUGAUCAAACUGAUCCAUUUAAUCGAAACCCAUUACGUAUGCAAGAUGUUAUCCCACAAUCGGAAUUAAAACAAGAAAUUGAGCAAUGGAAGAUGUCACGACAUCGACAACAGUCAUAA